AUGACCAGCCCUCAAACAGUCAAAGAAGUUCAACGCCUCACAGGAAGACUUGCCGCACUUUCCGGAUUUGUUCCUUGCCUAGCAUUAACUUCUAUUCCUUUUUUCCAAACAAUAAAGAAGAAAAACAGAUUUGAUUGGAACGACGAUUGUGAGAAAGCCUUUUCAAAAUUAAAAACAACUCUCUCACAACCGCCGAUUUUGCAAAAGCCCCUACAAGGGGAAGAUUUAUUUCUAUAUCUGUCAGCUACUGAUUGGGCGAUAAGUUCGGCUCUUGUUACAGAAAGAAACAAAGUUCAGCAUCCGAUAUAUUUUGUCAGUAAGACUCUACAACACGCCCAGCUCAAUUAUCCAAGGAUAGAGAAGCUCGCACUAGCACUGGUAUUUUCGGCCUGGCGUCUCCGACCUUACUUCCAGAGCCACGUUAUACACGUCAGAACCGAUCACCCACUAAGACAAGUAUUACACAAACCAGAAAUUGCAGGACGAUUUUUAAAAUGGGCAGUUGAAUUGUCUGAGUUCGAUAUCAAAUACCAAUCCAGAGGACCGAUCAAGUCUCAAUUCCUGGCAGAUUUCAUCGCCGAGCUUACAAUACCAUCAGACGAGGACCAUACAAAACAAUGGACUCUAUAUGUAGAUGGAUCUUCAAAUAAUGGGGGUUGUGGAGCAGGAAUCCGUCUGGAAGCUGAGGACGGAUUCAUAUUGGAACAUUCAAUACACCUAGCCUUCAAAGCCAGCAACAACCAAUCUGAAUACGAAGCACUGAUCGCCGGACUCCGACUAUGUCUAGAUCUCCAAAUCUCGGCAAUCAAGGUAUAUUGUGAUUCACUAUUAGUGGUACAGCAGGUAAAUGACCUUUUUAAGGUAAAAGAUCCUCUCCUCUCUAAAUAUCUGCUAUUAGUAAAGAAAUUAUCAACAAAAUUUGCCAAAUUUGAAGUACAACAUAUACCACGCGAACAAAAUCAAAGAGCAGACAUCUUAUCAAAGCUCGACAGUACACAGUCCGAGUUAUCUACACUACAACAGUUUACCAUAACAUCACCCACUGUUACUUUGACAAACGUGUUAAGUGUUACACAGGGAAAGGAUUGGAGGGACGACUUUAUACACUAUCUGCAAACAGGUGCUAUACCAGAAGGGGUUGAGAACAAUAAAAAGUUUCGACGACAAACAUCUUUCUUCACGAUAUUCAACAGAACACUGUAUCGACGAGGUUAUACUCGCCCUCUACUCAAAUGCCUUAACAAGUCGGAAGCUGACAUAGCAUUAGCCGAGGCACAUGAAGGAAUCUAUGGCACACAUACAGGUGCUCGAAGCUUAGCAUCAAAAGUCCUCCGAGCCGGAUUCUUCUGGCCUACUUUGAAACAGGACAGCCAACAAAAAAUCCGAUCCUGCAACAAUUGCCAAAAACACGCACCAUUGAUACACAUACCGGCAGAGCAAUUGCAUCACUCAGACAUAAGUUGGCCAUUUAACCAAUGGGGUUUAGAUAUACUCGGUCCGUUUCCUACGGCACCGGGCCAGGUAAAAUUUCUCAUUGUCGGCAUUGAUUAUUUCUCCAAAUGGGUGGAAGCCCAACCUUUGGCAAAAAUAACAUCUCAGCAAAUGAUUUCAUUCGUUUGGAAAAACAUUAUUUGCCAUUUCGGCAUACCUCAACAUAUCAUAACUGACAAUGGUCGCCAGUUCGCCGAUCAGAAAUUUCAAUCUUUUUUGCAGAAUCUCAAAAUAAAGCAGCAUUUCGCUUCUGUUGAACAUCCUCAAACGAAUGGACUAGCUGAGGCCGCAAAUAAAGUCAUCCUACAGGCUACAUGCACUAAAGAAGAAGCUAGAUGA